AUGUUAUUAUUACUUUUAUGUUCUAUAUGUGGAAUUAUUUUAUAUCAUAUACUUCAAUUAACAAAAUCACAUCUUUAUAUGUCAGUACUGAUUGGAGGAGUUAUUCUAGGAAUUAUUGAUUCAAUUGGAUACUUGCCUCAAAUUAUACUAAUUAUUCAAAUGAGAUCUGCUGUUGGUUUUAGUUCUCUAACGGCUGUAACGGAAGUAAUCGGUUUUACAGCUGCAAGUAUAUCAAUAUGUUUAGAACACCAUAUUGAUAUAAUUCCUAUGGCGUCAUUUAUUCCUGUACUUAUAUUCAAUAUUAUUUUACUAGCGCUAACAUUAUGUAUUUUUCCAGAUACUAAUAAAAAUGGAAAUAGAAUACAGUCAGAUUAUGAAUUAAGUCAAAAUUCAAAAGGUAUUUAGGAGAAGUUUUAUUAUUAUGAGGAGAAACAACAAUAAAAUGUAUAUUUUGACUUUUAGAGUCGAUGACAUUAUUGAAAGAUGAAAUGAAAAGUUUAAAAUCAAAUAUCGAUGAACAAGCAACCACAAAUAUUAAUCUUGUUGACGAUAAGUGAUGAAGUGAAGAAAGGCUAUAUCAAUCGAAAUACUGUAAGAGAUGGUUCAUAAUUAAUCAAUCUUCCGGUGCUUGUCGAAUGUUUUCCUGAUAGCAAACCAGUUUUAAAUACCUUUUUUUCUGUUUGUUGUAUAAAUAUAUGCCAUUCAACUCUGCACUGCAGCUUUUAAUUCGUAAGCAAAUGUUUCUUUUAAUCCCAUUUGAUUUUAGUUAAUAAUUCAAAUAAAUUCGAUUUCAUAUUAAAUAAGAGUAGAACUAUUUGAUAACCAACAGGAUUCUUGUGAGUAACGAUCAACUUUAUAAUAGCAUAUGCGAAAUCUCGAAUAUUGAGUUUAUAAUUUCGUGAACAAAUGAAUUUAGCAUUGAUUUUUUUCUUAAAACAUUCUUUUAUAUUAAAAACUAAUCACUAAAAAAGAAACAAUAGUAACAGAUAAAUCUAUUCAAGGUAUAACGUGUAUCAUGUGAUUUUCUUUUCAGUUAAUUUAUGAAAACUAAUAAUAGAUAAUGUGAUAUAGACUUUAAUCAAUUAUAUUUUUCGGAAUCAAGUAAAUGGGUUUGGUGUUAAAUGUCGAAAGAGAAAAUGUAGAAUAGGAAAAUGUCGAAAAGGAAAAAGUAUAUAGUAUAAAGACCGAAAAGACUAACGUCGAAUAGAAUAGAUAAUCAGUAGGAAAAGGUCAAAAGGAAAAUGUAGACAGACAAAAUGUCGAAAAUGAAGUUUUUAAUUUUUAUUUUAAUAUGACAGAAUGAGUAUGGGUAAGUGUGGGUGUACAUAGCUUUCGUUUGUUUUUGCUCAGAGGGGGGAAAAUUCAAGGGAGAAAGUCUCCCAAUUUGAAAGAGAAAGCAAUCCAAACUCAAGGAGAAAGUACUACAUCUCGAAAGAGAAAGUAGUAAAAAAUCAAAGAGAAAAUAGUUCGAAUUCAAAGAGAAACAGGACAUAUUGAAGCAGAAAAUCGCGACCUUUUCCACUUUUAUAAGGGGAGUUACUAAUUUUUGUGUCGAAAACACAAUAGAUUUGCUUAUAUAUAACUCGGUGUGCUUGCUAAAAGAUAAAAUAGUAAUGCUUCUAAAAUUCUCAGAGAGAAAGCCUAUAUAUGAGAAAAAUAUUAGGGAGGGGAAAUGACCCCCCAUCCACCCCCCCCC